GCCUGGCCCAGCCCUCGGCGAGGGACAGCGCCAGCGCCACACGAAGGUCGCCGCGCCCCUGAUCCCAGCGGAGUCGCGUCCCCGACCGCCGGCCCCAGGAUGCGACGCGCCGAGGCACCCACGAGCGCCCACCCCGCCGGUCCUGUUCCAGAUGCUGGUAAAGGAGAGGGAGACAAAGACGAGGAGAAAGACGGCAUGAGGCUUGGUCCGCCAGCCACCCAGAGGAACUGCAUCCCACGCCGGGGCAUCAGUGUCCUGGAGAAGCUGGUGAAAACCUGCCCUGUGUGGCUGCAGCUUGGGAUAGGCCAGGCAGAGGCUGCCAAGAUCCUCCAGCGGGAGAUGGCUGGGAUGUUCCUGGUGUGCCGGGACAGCAGCCUGAAGCGCCUGGUGCUGUGUGUCCACUUCCCUUCCCUGAAGGACAGCUCACCUGAGGUGCUGGAGUACCCCAUCAGAGAAGAAAAGUCUAUAUUGUACCUGGAAGGCUCCGUUCUUGUGUUUGAAGACAUCUUCAGACUGAUUGCAUUCUACUGUGUCAGUAGAGACUUACUGCCCUUCACGCUGCGGCUGCCUCAGGCCAUCCUCGAAGCUAGAAGCUUCCUGGACCUUGAGACCAUCUCCAACCUGGGCCUGGGCUUCUGGGACUCCUCGCUGAACCCAUCAAGAGGCCCUGCAGAGCCCCUCAGAGGCCCAGCCCCCGGGGCCCCUGCAGCCUCCAGCCUCCGGCCCACAACCCAUUACGCAAACUGUUCCUGUGAAAUCGAGCUGUCGGUAGGAAAUGACCGCCUGUGGUUUGUGAACCCUAUUUUCAUUGAGGACUGCGUCUUACCUGCCGAUCCACCUCCACUGCCUUCUGGAAGCUGCCCUCCACGCCUAGUGCCUGCCACCUCGGAUGCUACCUCACACACCUCCAAGGGGUCUCCACGUCGUCCCCCACCUCCACCCCCGGUACCCACCCUUCCUCCUACCGGCCCUGCUCGGCUUCCGGUGCCUUUUGUACCCCCUGCACCGGCUGGUCCUUUGCCCAACUCCCCCCUAACACCCACCUCUCAUCUUGCACCCCAUGCACCGGGUCCCCCAGGCCACUCAAACCAACCACCCAUGACAGCCUGCGACAGUCUCCAACGCCCAACUGUAGGCCUGGGCCCCUUUGGGGAGGAUGAGAAGAAGCCUGGGGCAGCUCCUAGCCCCUUGCAGCCAGCCCCACCCCCUCCACUGCCCUUGAAGAAGACUCUUCCAGCAGCUCCUCCCAGAAGGCGCGUUUCUGAGAGGGUGUCUCUGGAAAGCCAGAAUGUGGGGACUAUAACAGACAGGGACCACCCAGGCAUUUCCAGAACAUCCUCCCUCAGCCUUCCUCCACAGGGCCCCGUGAGUAGCCUUGGGGACAGGCCUCCGAAGACCACAGAGAAAGCCCAGGACACAGAGGCCAAAGCCAGCCAUGCUGACAGCAUACCAGGGCCUCCUGGGAAAGCCAAACAACCUCCAAUCCCACCCCCUAGGAAGAAGCGGGUCUCCCGGCAACUGGCCCCGACCCUUCUUAGUCCCUUGGAGAGCCCCAAGCACCCCAUACAGGAGGCAUCCACUGAGAAGCCGGCCGCACCCGGUGCACCUUGGGAAGGCUUGACUUCUGUCCCCCAAGCCAGCGGGAUGCAGAACGUCCACACCCAGACCAGCACCUGUCCCCAUAGCUCUCCAGAGUUCAAGGGUUCCCUGGCCUCACUCUCAGACAGCCUAGGGGUGCCUGCCUCAGCCGCUGACCAGGACUCCUACUCAACCAGCAGUGCGGAGGAGGAGCUGGAGUUCAGCAGCCCCAACGUGAAGAAGAAGCCCUCGAUGAUCCUGGACAAGGCCCGCCACCGCCUCAGCUUCGUCAGCUUCGCCAGCGUCUUCCACGUCUUCCUCUCCAGUGACCGCAAGCUGUAUAAGAAGGUGGUGGAGCUGGCGCAGGACAAGGGCUCCUACUUUGGCAGCCUGGUGCAGGACUACAAGGUGUACAGCCUAGAGAUGAUGGCCCGCCAGGCUUCCAGCACUGAGAUGCUACAGGAGAUACGCACCAUGAUGACCCAGCUCAAGAGCUACCUGCUACAGAGCACCGAACUCAAAGCUCUGGUGGACCCGGCCCUGCACUCAGAGGAGGAACUCGAGGCCAUUGUGGAGUCAGCCUUGUACAAGUGUGUCCUGAAGCCAUUGAAGGAGGCCAUCAACGCCAGCCUGCUGGAAAUCCACAGCCGGGAUGGCUCCCUACAGCAGCUCAAGGAGAACCAGCUGGUGAUCCUGGCCACCACCACCACUGACCUGGGUGUGACCACCAGCGUGCCCGAGGUGGCCGUCAUGGAGAAAAUCCUGCAGAAGCUGAGCAGUAUGCACAAGGCCUACUCACCCGGGAAGAAAAUCUCCAUCUUGCUGAAGACAUGCAAGCUCAUCUAUGACUCCAUGGCCCUCGGCAACCCAGGGAAGCCCUACGGGGCCGAUGACUUCCUGCCUGUGCUCAUGUACGUCCUGGCCCGCAGCAACCUCACUGAGAUGCUCGUCAACGUCGAGUACAUGAUGGAGCUCAUGGACCCUGCCCUGCAGUUGGGAGAGGGUUCCUACUAUUUGACCACCACCUAUGGGGCCCUGGAGCACAUCAAGAACUACGACAAGAUCACAGUGACCAGGCAGCUGAGUGUGGAGGUGCAGGACUCCAUCCAUCGCUGGGAGCGCAGGCGCACGCUCAACAAGGCCCGGGCCUCCCGCUCCUCUGUGCAGGACUUCAUCUGUGUGUCGUACCUGGAGCCCGAGCAGCAGUCACGGACACUGGCAUCCCGGGCAGACACAGCAGCCCAGGCACUGUGUGCACAGUGCGCGGAGAAGUUUGAGGUGACACAGCCCCAAGACUACCGGCUCUUCGUACUGGUGGACGGCCGCUGCUUCCAGCUGGCCGAUGAGGCGCUGCCGCACCACAUCAAGGGCUAUCUGCUCCGGAGUGAGCCCAAGAGAGACUUCCACUUCGUGUACCGGCCCCUAGACAGUGGUAGAGAUGGCUCAAGCCAGCCCUAUCUCGUGGUGCGGGAGCCCAACUUCCUAUGAGAUGACUCACUGCUGACUGGGGGUGGCAGGGUCUCCUGAAACGAGAUA